CACUGGGCCCGCUGUCUUCCUCGACGGCCUGCUCGCCCACGUGGAAGGGGGCACGCGGCACCGCGCCUGCCGAUUGCGAUGGGUUGCUGGAUCGGCGGUUGGCACGUGCAGACCCAACGCCGCGGAGACGUUCGACGAGGGCGUCGGGCAGCUCAUCACCGUGGGCAUCGUGGACUGCCUGCAGCCGUGGACCCUCAAGAAGAGGGCAGCAUACUACCUGAAAGUCUGCGAGCCGCAGAAGGCCACGGUGCCCCCUGCCGUGUACGGGCGCCGCUUCCUGCAGCACUUCGAGGAGGGUGCUUUCAGCCGUGCCAGGAUCUGCACGAAGAGGUCCUUGCGCAGGCCAGCUGCGACGUCCCCGAGACUCUGUGAGCUCCUCCGGUGCCGGGCGGGUCUGCCGGCGGCCCGCGUCGUUCGGCCGCCCCUCUGGCCAGUUGGGCAAUCGGCCUCCCUCCAGAGGGGCGAAGGCCGCUGGGCCUCACAUGGUCGUCCGAGGCCUCCGACGCUGUCUCCGUGUUGCGCGUCGCCAGGCGCCGUGCCGUACCACCCCCAGGAGGGCUGUACGUUUUCCCGCGCCCCCCGCCGACCUGUGGGCCUCGUCGCCAGACGUCCUCGCGUCGUGAAGCGAUAGCGACUGAAGGUCUGGGCGGGGCUGUGAGCUCUCGGGCGGCUCGCUGUUCCGGCGUCCACGCGGAAUGAAAAGGC